UCAAUUACUUAAGUAAGAGUGAUACAACUUUUGAAUGAACUUUCUGGUUAUUCAGGUGGUUGAUUAUGUCAUUGGAUUUACUGAUUUAACACUCGGUACUGCCUAAUUUGAAGUAAUUAGACUUGUUGAUAAUAUUUUUUUACAUGAACUUUUUAGCCUCUUAUAUGUGGUUAGUAAACCGUGUCAUUAGCUGUGAUUGUACUCAAAAUGCUCCUCUACAAGAUGCUUGUACUGCAUAUUGGUACAUUCUCCUAGUUUUAAGUUCAUUCUUGUUCCUUCUCUAGAGUUUGGUUUGAUUGUUUAUGUGGCAAAUAUUCCUGUUGCUGCAUAAUCUUAUGAACGAUAAUGUGAUGCAGAGUCCCCAGGACAAUGUUAUACCUUUUCAGAUUUUGGGUGGUGAAGCUCAGGUGGUUCAGAUAAUGUUAAAGCCACAAGAAAAGGUUAUUGCUAAGCCUGGUUCCCUAUGCUUCAUGUCAGGGUCCAUUGAAAUGGAAAACACUUACAUCCCUGAAAAUGAAGUAGGAGUUUGGCAUUGGCUUUUUGGAAAGAGCAUUGUUAAUGUAGGAUUUCGAAACCCUGGUCCAAAUGAUGGCUUUGUUGGAAUUGCUGCACCUUCUUUGGCGAGGAUUCUUCCAAUUGAUUUGGCAAUGUUUGGCGGGGAGAUUAUCUGCCAGCCAGAUGCUUUUCUCUGUUCAGUCAAUGAUGUAAAGGUCAGUAAUACAGUGGACCAGAGGGCAAGAAAUGUGGCUGUUGGUGCAGAGGGAUUUCUAAGGCAGAAGCUAACUGGGCAGGGGCUCGCGUUUAUUCUUGCUGGUGGAUCUGUUGUGCAGAAAAAUCUUGAGGUGGGUGAGAUAUUGGCUGUUGACGUUUCUUGCAUUGUUGGUCUUACUACUUCGGUCAAUGUCCAAAUCAAAUACAAUGGUCCCUUGAGAAGGGCAGUCUUUGGAGGUGAUAACCUAGUGACAGCUGUUUUAACUGGACCUGGCAUUGUCUUCAUUCAGAGUUUGCCCUUUCAGCGAUUUUCUCAGCGGAUUGCUAGGGCUGUGACAUCCCCAAACAUGAGGGAAAAUCCAAAGUUCUUUAUUCAAAUAGCCCUUUUCUUUUUUCUUGCAUAUGUUGUGAUUGUAUCCUCGUUAAUCUUGACUGAUGUAUGAAGGUUAAAUUUUCGAUUCAUUUUUCCCCUUUUAGAUACAGCAGUCCAGUAUCAUAUCCACCUUAGCAAUUGGUUGGUUGUUUACUAUCUGAUUUUGUCAUGAUCAGAUAAAUAGAAACAAAGAUUUUUGUAUAAACCAGUUAGUUUGAAAUGUUUUAUUCGUUGUACGUUGCUAA